AUGGCAGAGGCGGCCGCUGUGCGCCAGUUUCGGCCAGUUACACACCUGAUAUUUGACCUGGAUGGACUGCUUCUGAAUACUGAAGAUUUAUAUACCGACGUGUUUAAAGAAAUAUGUAGUCGCUAUGAGAAGACGUACAACUGGGAGGUCAAGUCCCUGGUUAUGGGGAGGAAGGGCCUAGAAACCUCAGAGGUCAUAAAUCACGUCGUUCUGGGAGACGAUCCUGAGGUAACUAAGGGCAAGCCAGCCCCAGACGUAUUUCUUGUCUGUGCCAAGAGGUUCUCUCCUCCUGCGGCUCCAGAAAACUGCCUUGUCUUUGAAGAUUCCCCUAAUGGAGUGGAGGCAGCCAUAGCCUGUGGGAUGCAGGUGAUCAUGGUACCUGAUGAAAACUUGAGCAAAGACUUGACCACAAAAGCCACCCUGGUGCUGGGUUCCCUACAGGACUUCCAGCCUGAGCUGUUUGGUCUUCCUGCCUUCGAGUGA